UUUGACAAAGAUAUGGAUGCUCCGCUAUAUAUUAUAUAUGUUGAUAACAUUCCGUACAAUACGCCAUAUGGAGAUAUUUAUAAAUUGUGUGCUACUUAUGGUGUUAUAGAAGACUUGCACAUUAAAUUUGACCGCAAUACAAUUCGUCCAGGGCGUUGCUUGUGUGAAUUUCAAGCUAUGCGGGAGGCAGAAAAUGCUAUUUCCGGCAUUAAUGGAGUUGAGAUGAAAGGACAUAAACUUUGUGCUGGCUGGGCUAAAUAUUAG